AUGUCCGGAUGGAACGCCUACAUUGACACGAUGACCGCCGCCGCCCCAUCGAUCAAGCGUGCCGCCAUCGUCGGAGCCACCGACGGAGCCGUCUGGGCUCGUACCGAGGACGCCAACGUCUUCAAGGCCACGGAAGCGGAGCUGAAGACGUUCGUCAACCUGUUCCAAGACGUGACUGCCGUGCCAGGAAAGGGAGCCGACAUUGAAGGCGUGCACUACGUGGUGCCACGCUCCGAGGAGACGCUGAUCUUCGGAAAGAAGGAGAACACUGGAUUCUUUGCCGCCAAGACCAAGUCGGCCGUCCUGAUUGCCGUCUACGAGGGACCGAACGAGGUGGCCGCUCAGGUCCGCAAGGCUGUCGAGAACAUGCAGACGUACCUCGCCAACGCUGGAUACUAA